UACAAAACAGACUUUUCAAGCUUCAGUAUUUUUUACUUCAUUUCUGGUAAUUACUAUAAUUAAGUAUUAUUGUGCAUGAUUCUAGUGUCUUUUUUUAUUGUAUUUAUGUGUAAAUUGUUCCUUUUUUAUAAAUAAUUGUUUUGUUUUGAUAAUCUAGAUACAAUGAACCCUGAACCAGAUGAAAUAGUUAAUCUGAAUGUUGGAGGAACUCGAUUUUCUACAUCUAAGCGAACCCUACUUUCAAUCCCGGAAACAUUUUUUACCUCUUUAUUAUCGGACCAUCAACAAUUAAUUAAUUCUCUGAAAGAUGCAACGGGUGCUUUCUUUAUUGAUCGGGAUCCUAAAGUAUUCACAGUCAUCUUGAAUUAUCUGCGAACCCGACAGUUGAUUCACUUGGAUAAUAUACCAAUUGAAGUACUUCUUCAUGAAGCCGAAUUUUAUGGGUUAACCCCGUUGGUUAAACGACUCAAGGCUUAUCAAGAUUUAGCCGAGACCAAUGUUUGUGGAGGAAAUGUGUUUUUUCAAGGUAUCUUGCAAAAGCCAGCUGGCCUCAUGGGUGAUGAUUCAAGUAAAGUGAUAAAGGUGCUGGCGCAGCAUAAUGUUAUUGUUGUUUGUUUCAAAAAUCUAGUUGUUUGCUAUUAUUUCCGGGAUUCGAUCGGGUUUCAAAAAAUAUUCGAAUCUGAAGAGAUGGAAAAUGAUAUCGAUGAUAUUGCACUUUAUCAAAAUUGCCUGGUUUUCCAUCCAUCACCUGCUUCUGGUAAACUGGUUAUUGGAUUGUGCCAAGAUGGAUCAAAGUAUAUAAAACUUUGGAAUAUCUCCUUCCAAGAGCAUCAGGAAGCCAUUAGGACUGAGAUAGGACCUUAUGCACUUAAUGAUCAUCCAGUUGAUACAUUAUUCUUUAUUGGAUCUCAGCUUGUUGCCUUGAGUCAUCGAAAAGGCCUGGUUGGUGUCUAUCAUGCCACCAGUCAAUAUUGGUUAGUUCAAGGAUUAAAAGAAUAUAAAGGACAAUCAAUAACAGCUUAUGAUAAGGCAGCGACAAAUUUUCUUCUUUUGGGAUCAAAAGUUGGUUCACUUUAUCUGAUAGAUAUGCAGAAAUUUCCAUUAAGAAUGAAAGAUGGAGAUUUGCUGAUCAAUGAAUUAUACCAAGACCCAGAAAAUGAAGAAAUAACUGCAAUAUCAUGUUAUCUAACACAAGAUCCUAAAAAUGACGGAAAUUGGGUAGAGAUUGCUUAUGGAACUGCUGAUGGAACUGUAAGAGUUCUCAUUCAACAUCCAGAAACUGGAGGUCAUGGGCCAGUUUUGUUUCUCACAUUUAAGGUUCAUCUUCAUGGAAUUUCUAGUAUUAUGUUAAGUCAAAGUCAUCUUAUAAGUAUGUGUUCAAAAAGACAUGUCAGAACUUGGACAAUGACUCGAUUCAGAGGAAGAAUUUCCACUCAGCCAGGUUCAACUCCUCAUGCCAGUUUCAGAGUUUUAUCAAUAGAUGAUUUACAUAUGGAAGAAGAUUGUUGCCAGUCAUUAGGGUCAUCAUCUUCCACAUCAACUGGAACAAGAGGAAUGUCUAAAAGUGUUUCAGACUUAGCAUCUUACAAUAAAAGAUAUUUAGAUGUUGGACCUUUCGGUGAUCAGGGUGACGGAGAGCAACUUGUUUUUAUUGAAAUGUAUCGAUCUCAAGCUGAUUCUAUUCACGUUUUGAUGGCAUCUGAUGGUGAACGUAAAUUCAGUUUACAUUCGGUGGAUGAUUCACCGAUUACAACUUAUUUUGUCCAUGAAUGUGAUACUAUUUCCAUGGUUAAUCGAUCAAAAAGAUACAUUUUCACUGGACAUGAGAAUGGAAAUGUUCAAAUAUGGGAUCUGAGCUGGGCUCUUGACUCGGCUUCGAAAACACCUAAAGUUGAUGUAAAACCUGACAAAGAACUUUUACGACAAGUUUUACUUUAAUUUAUCACAAAGUUUUCACCUUAAUUUAUUCAUAUUAUUACUGUUUGAGAUAAUAAUGCGGUAAAAAAGUUUUUAAUAUUUAAUUUAUAACUAAAGCAUUAUUUAUUGAAAAAAUUGUUUUA